AUGACGGAGCCGCAAUCUGGACGGCCGGUAGGCAAUUCCAGUGAUGGCUCCAAAGUCGGCAACACUCAAAGCCUGUCGGAAAAUUGCAUUCAGUAUUGCAUUUUCCUAGUCGACCCCAACACCCAGAACAACCACAAAAACCAUCUAUCCCACCUUGAAGAGUUGCGCAAAUCAGCAUUGCAGCUUACAACCCGACUGACAUCCGACUAUAUCUGGCAGAAAGGCACAUUCACCCUCGACGUAGUGACUGAACAAGGCUUGACCUUUCUACAAGGAACAACCGACUACGGAGAUUCCAUCGAGGAUGAAUGGCUAGUAGUUUACAUCCUCAGGGAGCUCUCCAAGUCCCACCCGAAUGUCUGGGUACGCGUGUUCGAUUCAGAUGGGGAGUUCCUAUUGAUAGAAGCAGCCAACGUUCUUCCAAAGUGGUUGAGUCCUGAAACCGACCAGAACCGUGUCUGGAUCAACAACGGCUGCCUUCGCAUCAUUCCUCAGCUACCUGACGAGAGCUUGAACUUCAAGCUACUGACGCUGCCAGAUGCCGUAAACAUCAUCAAGAGUUCCCCUGACAAGCUGGUUCACUCAGACUUCAUUGAAGCCGAGGCAUUCUAUCGCCUAGAGAAGUACCCUGACCAGAUCCAGAAGUCUCUGCACCAUUCACUGGUAACGGUCCCUCGAAGACUCGCUCAUGUUCUCCACCAGAGUCCUAAGGCUGUCGCUCCGGCCGUGGAAUCGUUCUACCUUCGUGAUGCUCUGGAUCUGAAAGCUCUUCUGUCUCAGAAAACUGACCUCCAUUUCCCCCCGAAGGAUCUGGUCACACUGAGUGUGAAAUUCACCAGGGUGCUGUUUGCUCAACUCAAGUCUCAGAGGUUUGAGCCUCCCGGCUCUUGGGCCAGCGUGAUUCAAGAGGCAAAUGGUGCCAAGCAGGCACGUCUCGAAAUGGGCAUGAAACUCACAUGCGGGUUCGAAAUCAUGCUCAAUAACAUUAAAAACACGGACAGCCGUGAGGCUCGAGAGGCAUGCAUUGUUGUGGAGGAACUUCAAGAGGAUGGGGACUCGGUGUUACCCGGAGAUGAUGAGAUCAAUUCAUGGAGAGAUGCUCACCGGGCAGAUGAUGAGUCGUGGAUGGACAUCGAUUAUGCCGAUUUUGAGAGUGAGCUGGCGGGACGGCGAGGUGGGAAUCGCAUGGGAUCCAACUCAGGAUUUGGAGACGCUACAACGCAGGCAGACCUGCGGAAGAUUGUCUCUCGGUUCGAGGCCUUCUUAAACGACGACAGCGCAGGGCUCGAUGGCGCCGAGGUUGACGAGAUGGACAUAGAUGACGACGAGAGUGACGAAGACGAUGAGGACGAGGACAAGGCGAUCAGCUUCGACGAGGCAGAGUUUUCUCGGAUGAUGAGAGAGAUGAUGGGAUUAGCACCGGCAGAGUCCACCACAACAUCAGUACCCAAUGAGCCGGAUACAACAGCAACUAGAAUUGCACAGCCAGCGCUGGGAAAAAGUAUAAAGGAGAAGGAAUCCGAGGACGAAGAGCUCCGGAAGCUGUCUGCUCAGUUCGAAGCUGAGCUCAACUCACAUGGCGCCCUGAGGUUGAACCAACCACGAAACGAUGUUUCUAUACUCAAGGAUAUGGGCGAGGGUGGGAAGGCAGCUGUUGGUGGAAGGACUAUAGCUGUGACGGCUGAUCACAGGGCUACUGACGAUUACGCUGACGACAGUGGCGACGACGCAGAAGUCGACAUUGACUAUAAUUUGGCCAAGAACCUUCUUGAGAGCUUCAAGGGUCAGGUAGGCAUGCCAGGCCCAGCCGGCAACAUCCUAGGCAUGAUGGGGCUACAGCUCCCGCGAGACGAAGACAUGGAUGAUUCCGAGGGAAGCAAGAUAUGA